UGUUGCACAAUAAAAAACAAACUUCGGCGCCGAAACGAAAACCACCCAGCAAGCAUUUCGGCAGCACGUUAGGAGCUCUCUGGUUCUUCCAUUUGCGUUGGAUUUGAGUGCCUCCUCCAUUUCCUCUUCAUUCUUCUUGUUCAUUAUUGAGGCGAAAAGUUUGGUGAAUGCAGGGAAAAAUGAGAAGGCAAAAUCAAUAUGCAGGUUCUGCUGUCAAUCCAAUGGUUGCUGCUCAAAUGCAGCACAUGUCUGCUCAGAGAAUGCAUCAUAGUAGUGCUAUGAAUGCGUAUCCUGGCAGGUCGGAUGCACCACCCUUGGAUGAAGAACAGAAAUUUAUGUCAUCAAAGGCUGAAGCACAGUGGCAGUGGGAUGGUGAUGACUUGAAAGGACAUGGUUCAUUGGCAUCUCAAAUGUUCAAAGAUGGACAAGGUACUGAGGCUGGGAACCCUUACUUUCAUGGGCCGAAGUCGGAUUCAAAACUAGGAAUGGAUAAAGCAGCCAACAAAGAUCCAAAAUCUUCAGCCCAUGAAUCUGAUAUGCAAGUGGGCUACGAGGAAUCACCUCUCCCUGAGACUUUAGAAUCUUUGGAACAGAAAUUUAUGGAUGAAAUCACUAAAUUAACGAAGGAACAGCAUGAUGUGGAAAAUGAAGAAAAUGCUAGGCAUCGAGAGAGGCUUAGGGAAAUAAAUGAUCAGCAUCAGGAUAAGUUGGUUGCACUUCGUGCACUGCACAGCAACGUUCGGGAGGAGUUUCUCCGUCGAGAAUCACAGAUGCGACACCAACAAUAUCAGCAUGCUGCUGCAAUGAGCCAGUAUAGUCACCAGAACAAUGCAGGUGCUGUUGAACCUCGUGGCUAUGGUGGUGAGGGGCAUCAAGGCUUUUCUGGUGGAGGGUAUGACUCCUACAGAGAAAGGUUGCAAUUCUAUGGAAAUGCUUCUCAUCCACAUUCUAGGAGUCAAGGAUCUGAUGCAAGAGGUCCAUAUCCUGGAGGGCGGAUGUAUGAUUCUGGAAAUCGUUUCUACUAGAGGAACCUCUCAAUGUCAAGCGAUGUUGCAAAAGAUUUGGAAACAAUAAAAACCUUCCACAGUAGAAGAGAAACAGUUCAUUGUUAGAGCUCUAGUAAUGGUUUUAGCAUUUUCCCUUUGGAGGAAGCAGCAGGAUACAAUUUGUCGUCCCUGUAUACAAAGACUUUCAUGGAAGGGUUCACUGCACACUUGAACCUGAAUAUCUUUCGAUUGAACAGAAGCCUCAUGCUAACAUUCGCUAAUGAGUUUGGUGUUCGUUGCUAUUUCUGGUAAAUGAGGCUCCGUGUAGACAUAUCUAUAGGAGGCAGAAUCCAGGCAUAUCUGUUAUAUGUGGAAGCAUGGUUUACAUUAGUCCUAUUUCUAAUACAUGACGUAGUGGUGUUUAGUUCAUAAUGGAGAUAUGUUUAUAGCUUUUGGGGUGUUCUUGAUUCUUAUCGAAUGGUUCAGGUGAUUCUUGCUCAUGGAGAAUAUUUAUAGCUUUUGGGG